AUGGCGUCUCAGGGGUAUCACACCACUGCACCGAGCGCCAUGCAGGACAUCUGUCCCAACUCUGCUAGUAUCCUCAGUCACAUCGCUCCUGGCGGGCCGACCCUUGGCCGAGGGCAGCCUAGAACAGGCCGUGCCGGCCGUGCCUUCCCGGGACACGAGGGGCAUACGCAGCGACCACAGCGCGGCGAUCGAAAGGCAACCGAAACAAGCAAUGGGCAUGUUGCGGCGCCAUUACUGGCCGUUACCGCUCUGGCUACCCCACAUCGGAAAUUAGACAAUGUUCUUCGAGCCCUCACUGAGAACUCCAAAAGCAGUAUCCUCAUUUCCGAGGAAUGCGGCAGGCAUGGCAACAAAGGCUGUCAGCUCUGCACUUCAAGUACAACUCUCAUUGUUGGACCACCUCAGGGCCAGACGCCCAUUGGCAUCAUAGCCGUUAACAGGACGACGACGAGGGCUGAGAAGUUGGAAAUGGGGGAAGCCAAGGUAGAAGGCUGGCUUUCUUCGCCGAACCAACCGCUGAACCUUCAGCCCGUCAGCCAGGGCAAGGAAACUGCCUAA